CCACCAUGCCAAUCAUCAGCGAUGCCAACCAUGACUUCAGCAAUCUCUCCGUCAGCACAGACGACAGCAGCCUCGACCUGUUCUCCACAGAAAUCCCAGAGACGGAAACCAUCAAAGGUGUGUAUUUCCAACGCGCCCAGCGACUCCACAGCGUCUCCAGAGACGUGGACCACAGCAAACUAGCGCUCAUCAACGUGGGAGGGGAUCGCUACACGUUUCCCUGGAGCACGCUGGACGAGUUCCCGCUGUCUCGGCUGGGACAGCUCCGUCAGUGCAGGAGCCCAGAUGAAAUCGCCCAGCUCUGCGACGACUACGACGAGACCCGGCGAGAGCUGUUCUUCGACCGCAGCUCGGUGGCCUUCAGGAUCAUCUUUAACUUCCUCGCCGCAGGGAAACUGAGGCUUCUUCGACAGGUGUGCGCCGUGUCACUCUCUGAUGAACUCAGCUAUUGGGGCAUCGACCCGGCUCACAUGGAGCGCUGCUGCCGACGCAAGAUGCUGUCCUGUGUGGAAGAAGUGGGAGAGAAGAAGAAGAAGGAGGACGAGAGGAGGCAGAGGAGACUCGCUCUUCAGAGGCCGUUAGCUCGAGGGACGGGCUAUGUCGGGCUCAUGAACCGGUUGCAGGAGAUCGUGGAAAACCCUCAUUCCGGCUGGCCUGGGAAGAUCUUUGCAUGCUUCUCAGUCGUCAUGAUCGCCGUGACCGUCAUCAGCUUGUGUAUCAGCACCAUUCCUGAUCCCGAGGACAGGGGCGAAUGCUCAGAAAAGUGUCGCAACAUAUUCAUCGUGGAAACGGUGUGUGUGGCCUGGUUCUCCAUGGAGUUUCUGUUGCGUUUGCUUCAGGCUCAGCGCAAACUGCAGUUUGUCCGAAACCCACUGAAUAUCAUAGAUGUCAUAGCCAUCCUACCGUACUACAUCUCUCUGGUUGUGGAUAGCGAAGACGAAUCUGAAGAAGCCGAGCUUCAUGGUGCAAGUCGUGGAUAUUUAGAUAAGCUGGGUUUGAUUCUGCGGGUCAUGCGAGCCCUGCGGAUCCUGUAUGUGAUGCGACUGGCUCGACACUCGCUGGGUCUUCAGACGCUGGGAGUUACAAUGCAGCGAAGCAUUCGAGAGUUUGGACUCUUGCUUCUCUUCCUCUGCGUAGCUGUGGCUUUAUUCUCACCUCUCGUUCACUUGGCAGAGAAGGAGUUCGCUAAGGGAAAAGCCACUGGCCCUCACAGCUUUAGCAGCAUUCCUUCUUCCUAUUGGUGGGCUAUUAUAUCAAUGACGACAGUCGGCUACGGUGACAUGGUCCCGCACAGUAUCCCUGGCCAGGUCGUGGCCUUUAGUAGCAUACUGAGUGGUAUUCUCAUAAUGGCUUUUCCAGCUACAUCCAUCUUCCACGUGUUUUCUCGUUCAUAUCACGAGCUGAAGCGUGAACGUGAAAUGAUUUAUAAAGAAGAGCGAGUGGCCAUCUUGGAUGCCAGUGCUAAAGAAGACGCCCAGAGAUUGCUGGAAAGACGCUCUUUAACUUCGGACAAUGAGCAAUGACACAACUGGUGGUCAGCCAACCCCGACUGCUACUGCAAUGAUAUCUGAUCCAUUGGUGCAUAUCUCCGUAAAUAUGUGUAUUUUCUUCAUGUGAUUCUAACUCCCGGGUUCACAGACGAGGCUUAAAGGGAUAGUUCACCCCAAAAUGAAAACUCUAUCA